UUGCUCGGCCAAGAUGGCGCCGGUGGAGCACGUUGUGGCUGAUGCGGGAGCUUUCCUGCGGGACGCGGCUCUGCAGGACAUCGGGAAAAACAUCUACACGAUCCGGGAUGUGGUCAGCGAGAUUCGGGACAAGGCCACGCGCAGGCGGCUCGCAGUCCUGCCCUACGAGCUGCGCUUCAAGGAGCCUUGCCCGGAGUACGUGCGGCUGGUGACUGAGUUUUCAAAGAAAACUGGAGACUAUCCCAGCCUCUCUGCCACAGAUAUACAAGUGUUGGCACUCACCUACCAAUUGGAAGCAGAAUUUGUUGGGGUGUCUCACCUAAAACGAGAACCAGAAAAAGUUAAAGUGAGCUCAUCCAUUCAGCAUCCGGAAACUCCUCUACACGUUUCUGGUUUCCAUCUGCCCUCAAAGCCUAAACCCCCACGAGAAACAGUAGAACAUGGACACCCAGAAGGCAAACCCGAGGACCUAGAAUUCACUUCCUUCCUGUUCUGGAGAAACCCUUUGCCAGAUAUCGAUCGUGAGCUGCAAGAGUUGCUGGUUGACAGAGAUGAGGAUGUUCCAAGUGAAGAGGAGGAGGAGGAAUAUGAAGAAAGGAAAGACGAAGAUAGUGAUGGUGAUGGAGGUGGGUGGAUAACCCCCAGCAACAUCAAGCAGAUCCAGCAGGAGUGGGAGCAGUGUGCCGUCCCCACGGACGUGCGAGUGGGCUGUGUGACCACAGACUUCGCCAUGCAGAAUGUCCUGCUUCAGAUGGGGCUGCACGUGCUGGCAGUGAACGGUAUGCUCAUCCAUGAGGCCCGGAGCUACAUCUUACGCUGUCACGGUUGUUUCAAGACAACAUCUGAUAUGAACCGGGUAUUCUGUUCACAUUGUGGAAACAAGACCCUGAAGAAAGUGUCUGUGACCGUCAGCGAAGAUGGCGGCCUGCACAUGCACUUCUCCCGCAACCCCAAGGUGCUGAACCCUCGAGGCCUGCGGUAUUCACUUCCUGCUCCCAAAGGGGGCAAAUAUGCCGUCAACCCCCAUCUGACUGAAGACCAGCGAUUCCCUCAGCUGCGGCUCUCCCAAAAGGCCAGGCAGAAAACUGAUGUUUUCGCCCCUGACUACAUAGCUGGGGUUUCUCCCUUUGUCGAGAACGAUAUCUCUAGCCGGUCAGCUACGUUGCAAGUCCGAGACAAGACUUUGGGAGCUGGGAGGAGACGGUUAAAUCCUAAUGCUUCCAGAAAAAAGUUUGUGAAGAAGAGGUGAAGUACAAACUUUCACAGGCAAAGUGGAUUGUUCUGGGGCUGCCUAGGUGUUCUGGUAUCUCAUUUCUCCAGCUCUGCCAGCUCCACAACCUUCUGGAUGGAAAAAAAAAGGCUUGGCUGACAUCAUGCUGCUUCGUCACUCACUUAGGUGUGUUGGGUUUUCUGGUGGAACUAGGCCUCUUUGGGCUGGUGGGCAUCUCCACACCUGGGAGUCCACGCCGAGGGGAAUUUGAUGAAAAGGAAGGAACAUUGCGCUGGAACAAAUCUUCAACCUUUAAACAAGGGAACUGCUGGAUGAUAUUUUUUAAAUAAAUGUGGUUGCAAGCCAAGCUUCUGUGUAUUUUCAUUAAAUAAACAAAUUUUUGCUUCCUAGGUAAUUUGAAGUCUAAUACCUAAGGUAUGCACCUAUCAAGCAUUUAGCUUUAUCUUCUUGCCAGAAAAAGAGUUUUAUAAUAAAACCGUAAGUGUAGCCAAUUUUUCCAUUUUAAAAAGGAUGGUUCCUGUCAUUCAGAAAAGUUGAAUAUAAUGAAGUAAAAUACAGCCUUUUGCCUAGAAACACCCAGAGUUUACAUUUUCCCUUACUUGCUUUUUUUCCUCUCUGCACACGCAAGUACACAAAGUAUCUCCUAGGAAAGGGCGUUCUUUUUACAUAAUGACAAUACAGUGAGCACACUCAGAAAUUUAAUAUUAUUGUCUAAUGCAAAGAACUCAAAUUUUACCAAAUUGUUCCAGUACUGUUCUUCAAAACAUUCUCAAUGAAUUCUAAACAGUUUUCUUAGCCAUUGUCUUUGUUGAGGGUGACAAAUAGUAUAAACCAGGUUUUUAAAAAAAAUUUCCCUCCUGGGUUUGACAGAUUGCUCCAAUUAGAUUGAGGUCACGCCACCUUGGGCAG